CGGGACAAUUCAACGUGAGCGGUCCCCUUUUUAAGGUUCAUUUACCAGACUGUGGGAGGAACAAAACAUUACGCACCGUACAGACGUAUGACGUUUCACUUUACGUCUUGCGUCAACUCAAAAUCGAAGUAGAUUUCUCCAGGCGUACACUCUUUAUUUUCUGCAUUGCAAUAAACAUUUUGUACAUACAUCCUUUUAAUAUGGCCUGUACGAAACCACAGGAGCUUGCCGCUAUAAAGGAAUAUCCGUAGGAACACCUCGUAUGGGAUCGAAGUCUACGCUUCUUUCAGCUAAGCUAACGUUAUUGCAUCUGUUAGCUAAACUUGCUAGCUAAGAAGCUAGCGCUAGCACUUAGCGAUCCCUACCCCACCGUCGAGCCAGCUAUGCAGUAGCACUUAAGCCUAGCUCGCUAACCAGUGACAACUGACACAGGGCACGGAUGAUGUGAUCCUGAACAUGCCCCAGUAAAAAAACGAAGCGUUUCCUGUUUGUCAUCGCCAACUACGAUUGACACACACACGCACACAAACACAGACUUGCUUCAUCAGGCAUCCUCCCAAUAAUCUAAACGGCCCCCCCUCUGCAGCUCCUUCUGCACCUGAAUCAUGUGAGGGCCCCUCGGUCCAGUCUGAGGGGAUCCCAGGACUGUUGCAAAUACGACCCCGCUGUGCGGGGUAAGACUGAGCCGGUCUGUGUCUGAGAGAGCAGUCUCUCCAGUACUCCCCUCCCCAUCCUUACAUUCCUGUUCUCCUCACAGAGGAGACACGCCAUGAUGUUCCGAGACCAGGUGGGUAUCCUCACAGAUUGGUUCAAGGGCUGGAAUGAGUGUGAACAGACGGUGGCACUGUUGUCCCUCCUGAAGAGGGUGUCCCGCACCCAGGCUCGCUUCUUACACAUCUGCCUUGAACACUGGCUGGCAGACUGCACAGAGAUCCACAUCCUAGAAGCUGAGGCCAACAAUGCAGCAAUCGUCAGCCAGUGGCAUCAGGAGCCAAAAGAGAAAGUUGUGUCCUUGCUGCUGUCCCACCUGCCUCUGCUGCAGCCCCGCAACAGUGAGGCCAAAUGUGAGUACAUGAAGCUGCUGCAGAAGGUGUUGAGUCACACCAUCGAGAGUAGCCUGUUUGUGGAAGAAAGUAGGCAGCUGCUGUCCUACGCGCUCAUCCACCCGGCCACAACACUGGAUGACCGCACCUCUCUGGCCAUGUGGCUGAACCACCUGGAGGAGCACCUCUCCAGUGGCUACGCGCCCCGACCCCCUUCGAGCCCUUACCACCCGCGCCAGGGCUCAGACGAGUGGCCCAGCUCUGCUGAGGCGCUGGACCCUGGCCACGGCUGGCACGACCAGUCCCCGUCAUCCGGCAUGUCUCCAGCAGGCCAGAACGGGCACAUGCCUUUCCCGGGUGGGAUGUCCUCUCCCAUCAACAGCAAUAACACAGGUCUUUGCGGACAGAUGCAGCCCAGUCCUCUGAAGAAGUCCAUGUCCGUUAUUCCUCCCGGUUCCCAGGCUUGCCUCUCCGAGUGGGUUAGCCAGGAUGACAUAGGGGGCCGGCAGAGCUUCAUUCUAACAGACCACGCGCCCCUUUCACCCCAGAGCAGCGUAGCCUCCUCGGGCAGCGAGCAGACCGAAGAACAAGGCUCCAGUCGCAACACCUUCCAAGAGGAUGGCAGUGGCAUGAAAGAUGUCCCCGCCUGGUUGAAGAGUCUCCGCCUUCAUAAAUACGCGUCCCUGUUUUCCCAGAUGACCUAUGAGGAGAUGAUGAUUCUCACCGAGCACCACCUGGAGUCGCAGGUUUUUAAGCAGAACGUCACAAAAGGAGCGCGGCAUAAGAUCGCCUUAAGUAUCCAGAAACUGCGAGAGAGGCAAAGUGUUCUCAAGUCUUUAGAAAAGGAUAUCUUGGAAGGGGGCAACCUACGUAACGCCCUGCAAGAGCUCCAACAGAUCAUCAUGACACCUAUUAAGGCCCAAAGCCUUCCCAACGCAGCACAAAUUCCCCCGGACGCAGCCAUCUCCCCGUCAGACGUCACAAAAAGCGCAGCAGACAAAGAGCCGACCUCAGAGGGCUUCCAGUCCCACAACCCGCCUACCUGCGAUGGAGACUCCACGGCCACACCCAUCUCAGACGGCGACAUUGCUGGACAGUUCACCCGUGUCAUGGGUAAAGUGUGCACCCAGUUGCUGGUGUCAAGACCAGAUGAGGAGAAUAUCAGCUGUUACCUUCAGCUGAUUGAGAAGUGUCUCACACAUGAGGCCUUCACAGAAACUCAGAAGAAAAGGCUGGUCUCCUGGAAGCAGCAGGUUCUCAAACUGCUCCGCCUGUUCCCUCGGAAAGCUAUGCUGGACAUGCCUGUGUACCGACAGAAAGGCUGGACCUAUGGGUCCAACUCCCUCCCCACAGCAGGCUCUGUGAGUGGAGUUGUAGGACGGCGGGGGCAAAGGCAGUUCCAAAUGACUCCUCGCGGACUCCCCGCCGGACGAAUUGGCCUCCUGAGUCCCGGUGGGAUUGGGGGAGCAUCUCCUCGCCACACACUCACUAAUCCUGCGCUGGCAGGCCAGGGAAGACAGAACCUGUGGUUUGCCAACCCCGGGGGCAGCAACAGCAUGCCAAGUCAGAGUCGCAGCUCCGUGCAGCGGACCCACUCGCUCCCCGUUCACACUUCCCCGCAAACCAUGCUCAUGUUCCAGCAGCAAGAAUGCCAAGUUCCGGGCGCUGACCUGGAGAUCAACCCCACGCUGGAGUCACUGUGCCUCAGUAUGACGGAGCAUGCCUUAGGGGAGACCGAUAAGGUUACUCACGUAGAUGGAACAGACCGAACAUCAACAAUAUGAAAAGAAGAAAGGAGAAACACACUUGAGUUGAGGCCUGUUCAGUUCCUCAUCACCCAGCACAAAGAUAUACGUAUGCUUAAGAAAACCAGGCAUAGCAGUCACUACAAAAUGACAAAAAACUGUGUAUAUGUUCUCUAAUAUUUUUGUACUUUAUUAUAUACGACUAAGUUUAUUAAAAAUGGAAUACAGAUGAUUAUUAUAUUGCAGGACAGGAAAAAAAACUGCUCCGUGUCACCUGCAGGACUGUGACAUGAUGGGCAGAGGCUCAGUUUGCUGUGGUCUGAAAGAAAAACGAUGGAUUGGUGCUGUCUUUAAGGAGUUCUGCCCUAUGAGUUACUCUUCUUUUCCUCCUGCCUUGGAGCAAGGCUUCUUUCCAAAACACACUGAGAGCCACAGCCCCUGCAACACAAACCAAGUAGAUUCAGCCAGAAGUAUGACACUUUUAUUAAAACUUCUGAUAUCUGCCACCAAACUGUAAUUGGCCCAAAGAUGCAGUCACCCAUACACUCCCUAGCCACACCAACUGUUGUAUAACCAGUGCUGGCGAGGGCUAGUUUGGUUGAAACUUUAAACGGCUUCUCUUUUUUUCUUUUUGACUGCUCUGGUUGGGUGUCUGGUGUUUUAUGGCAAAAAAGGAAGAACGAGAGGAUCAAAAGAAUUGAGGAAAAGCUUUUAAUUCUAGCGUAGACACGCCCCGUUUAUUUUGCUGGUUUUCCCUGAAUACACAGUCCAAGCAGAAGUGACUGUCCUCCUCUAAACGUCUACCAAGCCAAAGAGAAGGGUUGUGCGAUUGUUUAUUCGAGUAGGAUAGUUCUAGUGAACUGCAACAAUGGUAUGGUAUAAUGUUUUGUUUUUUUAAGAAUAGCAGACCGCAUAAUUAAUGCCAGCUGCAUUUUGUCUGUUAUUUUAUGCCCUACUACGUGAUUGAUGAUGAAUCUCACUUUGUGCAGAGGAAUCCCCAGAGCGGGAAUGGGAAGGGGGGGGGGGAUAAGAUAAGAUAUGUACUGUGCAAGGGCUGACUUGAUAUUGAAUUGAUCAAAGCGAGGAGGGUAGAGUGUUUUCAAUUUACUCACUCUAAUGCUUGGUGAGGAAACUAAAUGAAACUCAUCUCAACCCUCUGGCCCCCUUUUGAUUGGCUCUGGAAAUGGAAGCUUGAUCUUGUAAUAAACGCUCCGGAGCGCAGCGGCCUCGCCCUCUCGAAGCCCUCUUCCUAAAACAGCCAAAGUGAUGAUUUGAUGAUUCAUACUUCUCAAGGUGCUUUUGACGGUGUCCAUAUCCUUCUGUUUGUGUCUCAAUGUGUUUCAGUCUCAGAACCCUAACAUUAUCAUGUGGUAUCAGUGUUGAAUUCAAAACCUUGUCUUAUACGGCCUCUGUCUUUGAAUGUGGCAGAGCGGAGGUGCAUGUAUGUGUAAUAUGGUCUUAAAGUUUGGAUCACUUUUGGUUGCAUCAUAAGGCAGGGAUAACCAUUCACAGUUUAUUUCAGCAGAGCCACAGGUCUGUCAAGUAAAGGUGGUUAUUUACAGAUAACUUUUCCAAUUGUAUUUUUUACUCUCCCUAGAUAUUAAUAACUUAUGCUUAUUUUCUAUAAUUGCAUGUUUUGCCACACUAAUACAGCACUGUUGUAGAUAAAGGACAUGGUGGUUGAUGGUGAGCAGAGUCACCAACAGCUGGAGAGCAGAAAUCUUGCAACUAAUGUAUAUCUAUACCGCCUAAAUGUCACUGUUUACAUCUCUCCGGGAUAAUGCCCAAUUAAUUUUAUGUGAUGUCAUGAAUACUCCAUUGUCUCACUAUGUACCGCAUUAAAGAACUGACGCCUUCUCGCACAUGAGCCGGCUGGGUAGAGCCUGAAAACAAAAGCCUUCUACCCCCUUAUAUAAUCCAUGGACUCAUGUCUCGAGUCCCUGUAAGUUUUUUUCAGGUGAGAUUUGAGGCAUGGAACGCCUGCUUUUCUGGUAAUGCGGUGACGAGAGAAUUCUCUCUCCUGGCCUUGUUAUUGAGCUGUUAACUGUCAUGUCCUGAUAAACUGUUCAUGUGGUGCCUGAAAUGCACAGUUCCAGCAUCGUCAAUAUGUUGAAUUAAUGGUCUUGAGUAGUAUUCUAGUCAUGGAUUUCUUCAGAGCAGGCUCUUGGAUAGUUCUGACUUGCUAAAAGCAUCACACUCAUGUCCGCAGGGGACUUCAGUGAGUUAACAAUGCUGACAACUUUAAGUCUUGGCUAUCUUUUUUUAAACUAUUCACCAUACUCUAGCCCAUCUGUUUAUGUUACAAUGGCUCAGAUUAUCCUUUUCAUAGCCUCUGGCUUUGGACAGCUUACAUAUGACUGCAAAUAGACACAGAGUUACGGAUCAGCACAUUUGUGUCUGUGCAUAAAGAAGAUGCAGCAGGGGGAUGACAAAGCUUAUCUGAGCCACAAAUCUUGUGAUUAUGAGUAAACGGAAUACUAGUUACAGGCCAAGGAAUAUGUUUACUCCAUGUUUACAUUCCAGCAAGGCAGGCCAUGAGUAGGGAAAUGCACUUCACAAGUUCAGCCUGGUGUUCUCUCACAUACCAAGCACCCACUAGAAGGUACAGAGCCUGUGUCAUACGGAGACAUCUACCAAGUGUACCCCUAAUUGUGUCGAUGUCCCGGCCAGGCUUAACUAUUGAAUUAAUGCUGCCGGCUGUAGGCUACAUUGCAUAUAUUUGUCUUCUACAAUUUAUAUUUAAUUCGAAUGACUCCCCAGACAUUUUCUAAUAUUUUAUGAACCUUUUUCAUUCCAUGCUUACUGUACUUUUAUACUGCCACCCAUAUGUGAAUGGUCUUGACGAGCAGCGUUCGCCGGAUCAUUGACAGUCCAAAUAAAGAGGUUCAGUUCUUUUGCAACUUCA